CGCAGCGUGGGCGGCCCCAGGGCGGCCGCAGCUCGGGGCGGUGCCUUCCUCGCCCCCGCCUUCCCUCGGCGUUCUCGCAGCCCCAUCUUUGUCCGGCUCCUGCGCUUUGUUCCCGGGCGCGUCGCUGAGCAGCCUCCGCGCCGCGCUGGCGUCGUCCUCGCCCCCGUCGCCGCCGCCCUCCGCGCGCGGCCGGGUCUUACCCCCCAUGGUGUCCCGGCCGGAGCCCGAGGGCGAGGCCAUGGACGCCGAGCUGGCGGUGGCACCGCCGGGCUGCUCGCACCUGAGCAGCUUCAAGGUGGACAACUGGAAGCAGAACCUGCGGGCCAUCUACCAGUGCUUCGUGUGGAGCGGCGCGGCGGAGGCCCGCAAGCGCAAGGCCAAGUCCUGCGUUUGCCAUGUCUGUGGUGUCCACCUGAAUAGGCUGCACUCUUGCCUCUACUGUGUCUUCUUUGGCUGUUUCACAAAGAAACAUAUUCACGAACAUGCAAAGUCGAAACGGCACAACCUGGCCAUAGAUCUGACAUAUGGAGGUAUAUACUGCUUCUUGUGUCAGGACUACGUAUAUGACAAAGACAUGGAAAUAAUCGCCAAAGAAGAACAGCGGAAAGCUUGGAAGAUGCAAGGUGUUGGAGAGAAGUUUUCAACUUGGGAACCAACCAAACGGGAGCUUGAACUGCUGAAACACAACCCAAAAAGGAGAAAGAUCACCUCUAACUGCACCAUAGGUCUGCGAGGGCUGAUCAACCUCGGGAACACGUGCUUCAUGAACUGCAUUGUGCAGGCCCUGACCCACACGCCACUUCUGCGGGACUUCUUCCUGUCCGACAGGCACCGCUGUGAGAUGCAGAGUCCCAGCUCCUGUCUGGUCUGUGAGAUGUCCUCACUGUUUCAGGAGUUCUACUCGGGGCACCGGUCUCCUCACAUCCCGUACAAGCUGUUGCACCUGGUGUGGACUCACGCGCGGCACCUGGCGGGGUAUGAGCAGCAGGACGCCCACGAGUUCCUCAUCGCGGCCCUGGACGUGCUCCACCGGCACUGCAAAGGUGACGAUAACGGGAAGAAGGCCAACAACCCCAACCACUGCAACUGCAUCAUAGACCAGAUCUUCACGGGUGGGCUGCAGUCGGACGUCACCUGCCAGGUCUGCCAUGGCGUCUCCACCACAAUAGACCCCUUCUGGGACAUCAGUUUAGAUCUGCCUGGCUCUUCCACCCCGUUCUGGCCGCUGAGCCCCGGGAGCGAGGGCAGCGUGGUGAAUGGAGAGAGCCACGUGUCAGGAACCACUACGCUCACGGACUGCCUGCGAAGAUUUACCAGACCAGAGCACUUGGGAAGCAGCGCCAAGAUCAAGUGUAGCGGUUGCCACAGCUACCAGGAGUCCACAAAGCAGCUCACCAUGAAGAAGCUGCCCAUCGUAGCCUGUUUUCAUCUCAAACGAUUUGAACACUCGGCCAAGCUGAGGCGGAAGAUCACCACCUACGUGUCCUUCCCCCUGGAGCUGGACAUGACCCCCUUCAUGGCCUCCAGCAAAGAGAGCAGGAUGAACGGACAGUACCAGCAGCCCACGGACAGUCUCAGUAACGAUAACAAAUAUUCCUUGUUUGCAGUUGUUAACCAUCAAGGGACCUUGGAGAGUGGCCACUACACCAGCUUCAUCCGGCAGCACAAAGACCAGUGGUUCAAAUGUGAUGAUGCCAUCAUCACCAAGGCCAGCAUCAAGGACGUGCUGGACAGUGAAGGGUACUUACUGUUCUACCACAAGCAGUUCCUGGAGUACGAGUAACCGUGUCUGCAGCCGGUCAGAAAAAAUGAAGGCAACGAGCUGGCAGCCCUCACACGGUGACCCCCUCCCCAACGUGACCUUGCCUCCCACACAGACGCCCCCUCGUCUGUGGGCCUCUGCACCAAAACUGCACAGAAGACAGAAUUAAGGGGGGUGCGCUGUGUGUGGGGAAGGGCAGAGCAGAUCUGUCACUUGCACGUCUCCCGUGCUCCUCAGAAGUGUGUGCGGGAGACUGGGGUGUCCUCACGCGUGGGCAGCCUCUGCCUGGCACUCCAUUCAGCUGUGGCCCAGCACACGGUUUAAUCAGGUGCCACCUGUUUUUAAAUUAUGGGUCCAUUAAAGCAGUAGAGGAGACAAAGACAGUGUGCAAGGACAGAGGACUUUGCCAGUGCCUUUGUCUCAUGCAUCAUGGUAAUAACCGUGUCGGGUGUGGGACUCUUAGCCUCCGUUUUUUCAGCAGCUGUAGAGCAGUCCCCAGAGCCUGGGAAACUGAAGGCACUAAUUUGGGUUUCCAAGCACGUCUGUUCAGCAGCUAACUUAGCAUCAAACUGCAUGUGGAAGCAUCGGCCCUGAUGUUAUCUCUAGGUUUUCUAGAAAUAGGCAUUUUCUUAAUCCCUCUCCCCUUUUCUCUUUUUCCACAGUGGUGAAUUUCAUAAAUGUGAUAAUAGUAAAGUGAAUGAAUUACUGAGUUUUUACUGAAAUUUAGAUCGUUUCUCCUUUAUUCUUGAGAGUGAAUCUUGCUUUUUGAUUGGUGCUGUGAACACCCCGUGGAAGCGUCUGUGUCUGCUGGUUAAGGGCAGAUGGACACACUGGAGGAGACUUGGGCUGCAGCCGGUAAAGGUCUCUUGUCUGCAUCUGUGGAGCAUGCAGAGCAUUUUCCACUGGUUUCGCUGGUUCUCUUCCUCCUGUUUUUCUUCCUGGUCUUCUGUCCUAUUGCCUGUCUCUCGCCUCUUGCCAUCUCAUGUAUCAGAUUUGAAGCUGACAGCUUCCAGCGGAGACCGUGUUAGGUUGGUCACAUGCCUCUGCUUUACAUUUGGUGUCAUUUCCGUCAUGGCAAGAAUCAAAUGACUCCAUGAUUGAGCUUGGCAGAGCUGAUUGAGGAAGUAGAACGAUAUGCAUUGUUGCUUGUGAGAUAUUUUGCAUGCAUCUGUCUAUUCAAACUCAAACUUAGAUUGUUUAUCCAUUUCUGAGAAAUUACAACCUAGGGACCUGGGGGAGAAAAAGCUGUUCUAACAUAGUUUGUGAAACAGCCAUCUCUCAAGCUGUGCUAGUCUUGGGAGCCCCGUCUGCAUCUGAACUGUGGGAUCUUCAGUGCUGGAGAGAGUAGAAUCGUCUGUUUCAGAGGCCAACAAAUGUUUUUCAUGAAGAGCCAGGUAGUCUCUAUUGUAGGCUUUGUGGGCUGUAUAGUCUCCACCAUAGAUAACGUGUAAACACACGAGUGUGGCUGUGUCGCAAUCAAACUUUAUUUAUGGACACUGAAAUUUGAAUUACUGUAAUUUUUGUGUGUCAAGAAAUUUUGAGUGUUUUAAAAAACUAUUUUAAAAGGUGAAACUAUUCUUAGUUGACAGGCCACACAAAAGCAAGCAGCAGGCCAGAUCCAGGUCACAAGCUGGUUAGGUUGGGGGGGAGCCGCAGCUGCCGCUCAGUGCAGAAAAUGCUACAAGUCACAGCUGCACAGUCAUCCUAUGUGGCAAAAGCCUUAGGGAUACGGUUUUUUGAGCACUUGCCUGUUCAUUUUCUGUUGUAUUUCUGCAUUUAAAGAAUACAAGUUGAAGCAUGUUUUAAAAUAAGAAACAGAAAAAUGAAUGGGCCCAGAUGCUCAGAAAUGGCUCUGUGUGACCAAGUUCUGUGUGUUCAGAACUUGUGUGUUCUGUGCAGUGAAGAUCUCUUUUGGGGAGAGGUGUUAUCGUCUUUCAAUCAGGAGCAGAUCUAAUGGGAGGGAGAGUUGGCUGAAGUUGGCCUGCAGGCCUCCAAGCCGGGGAGCUCCUUCCUGAAGGCCGGCCCCAUGGCGCCCAUGCUUUACUGGACGUCCAGAUGCGAUGUGGGAAAAGCCGCACGUGUGCUGGCCUCCGCCCUUCUGGCGGUUACCUGUGGUUUGGCCCAACCCUGGCUCCCCACGCCCCCUGCGCCCCCUGCACCCCCCUCCAUUCUCCUCUUAUGCUUGUGUGCAGGGGCCUCAGCUGCUCCAGGAGCAUCGGGGCUGGGGAGAGACAGACAGUGCUGCAUUUGGUUUUUUGUAGGCAUCAAACUUCUGUGUCCACAUCACCCCCUCAUUCACUGUGGUGUUUGUGUUGUCAGCAUUCCCCUGUGCCUGCCACUGUGAGCAAUUCUCCAGUGGUCCUGGGGGACUGCUCCCCUGAGUGGGGGGCCAUGGGCAUUGCCCUCUGCCUAGGUUAUGGACAUUAGGUCCUGUGUUUGACGUGCUUGUGUGAAUUAACUUUGUUGGGAACAAAAUAUCUACGUGGUGGGUUUGGUAGUUUCUUUUUUAGCUCCCAGUCCAGCUGUUAAAUUCAGGAAAGUGGUCUUCCCUUUCCUGGUACCCACUCCCGUGUAGGUGUUCAGAUUGUCACAAAGUGCAUCUUACCACUAAGGGACUCAUUGGGUGACCCCCAGCCCCAUACACACUCAUACCAAUGUGUUAAAAAUAACCUGGCUCUCUGAGAUGCUGGCUGUCAUUUGAGCGCUUCACAGUGAGACGGCUGGACUUUCCCUCUGCAGAUGUCUGAAGUGAGUGUUUGGAGAUAUGAGACGUGCUGGGAGGCGUGGGGUGGCUGGGCUGGUGGCUCCCUCCAGCCCGUGGGCCUCCUCAGGCCUGGCUCCCCUCCCACCAGGCACUGGACAGUCCGGGGCUCUUUCCUGCAGCAGCACCCUGUAUACCUGAAUGCUAUUGUAUUUUGCUUGGUACGUGUGCUUUUCAUUGUAUAAAAUUACUUUUCUUUUGACAAUUCAAGUGACUGUUUCGUUUACUAUAACUUUGAAAACAAAAGAUGUAAGAAAAAACCCCAAUGAUUGUGUGUGGUUGGAGACUUUACUACCGAGAUGUUUACAACUUUCUUUUACCUGUGCUUUUGAGGAGCUGUGUGGCUCUUUCCCCUCCCUCCCAAUGGCUUGUAGUCUUUCCUACGUCAUAAUAAACCUACAUUUUAUUCCGGAAA